AUGCCUGCAUCAAACAAACAGUUUAAUCAUUGUACCCGAGGCCCAACUGCGAAUCGAUCAUUGAUUCUCGUUCACCUUGAAUCAUUUAAGAAAGAAUUUGCACAUGAUAGACGGAAAGUGUGGUUGGUUAUAGAAAAUGUACCGGAGGGAGAAUCAGUAAAGGACCUAGGUUACAAAGUAAAUGAUGUGGUGGAAUGGAUCGACCCCAAUUCAAGGUAUAACCAGGGCAGCCUUGGUAUGCAACUCUACGGAAAGGUGCUGAAAUGCAUGACGUGGUCAGGGGAUGUCAUAGCGGUGCCGAGUAAUUUCGUUCGUUUCCCAUUCUCAGAAAGUGAAUUAGCUACAACCCUUUACCAGCGUCCUAGGGCCUCUGUCACCACCGAUUUCACCGGUUCUACAAAUGAAGAGUUAUCUGUAAAAUUUAUAACUGAAUUGGGUGAAUACACAAGUUAUCGGAAAAUCUAUCACUUACCUGUUGAAAUUGUGGCCAGAAUUAUUGAAUAUUUGGAUGCUCCCUCUAUAGCAUCGUCAUGCGUUGCAAUCCCUUACUGGGAUUAUGCCCUCAAAAUCGACCGCUUUGCCUCAGUUGUGGAAAAUCAUGCAAGAGAUAUAGCUUGGCUAGAUUUAUGUCUCUGUUUAGUGCUACUUCCUCAACCGACUCCGCAUAAAUAUCUUAAUUCUGCUGAGGCUUUAGUUUAUCAGCAAUCAUCUCGACGCUAUCCUUAUGAUCACCAAAAAAUACAUGCAAAUUCAUUCAGAGUUGAUCAUGUCAAAUUUCUAAUAUUGUCAGAUGAUCCGCUUCUCACCUUCAUGUCCGACAAUCCUGCAAAGCACCCAAUUGAAUGUGCCUUGGCCCACCUGCGUACUUCGGUUGACACUAUUAGAUCUGAUCCAAAACUACCUGAACCUGCUGUGAAAUUCGAAUUGAAGCGUUACUAUUCUAGUGAUUACUGGUCACAGAUUAAUGAAAUGUUAUGCAUCCCCCAAGUGUAUGAGCAGAAGAGAGCCGAACAGCUGAGACAUCUUCGUGACUUCAGUGCCAUCAUAAUUUUUAUUGAUCUAAGAAAACCCAUUGAAUUGGAAAUGGAUAUAAUUGCUGGAGCCUUAACUUCACGUCAAUCAAUCAUAUUCGCAGUGGUGAGGGAUGUCAAGGAAGAAGACGAGGAAUGCAAUAUGGACUAUCUCAUUAAAUUGUAUAAUGCACUUGGUGGAGUGGUGAACGCACCACUUGGAAUCACGGCGGCCAAGUGGAGGCUAUGGUGUGUGGUUCGAAAGGACUUGAUCUAUACAAACUUGAAGGAAUUACUUAAAUGGGAAUAUAUGGAAAUUUGUUCAAAGGAAGCUAGAAUUUGA